UCUCGCACCACAGCAUCUCUUCCCUUGCGGAUGCCUGUCCGUUUUGCAUAAAUGUGUUGUGCAUCUCUGACUGGAAGUAGGUUUCGUAUGUGCCCCCUCACCCGCACUUUCGUCGUCGUUUGGAUAAGCUCAUCUCACAUCUAGACAGUCUGUUACUGCGGUAGAGCCCCUGGAUCGAGUGUGGCAAGUAUUCUUGGGAGCACGCUAAUUAUCACAGUGUUGUUAGCUGUCGGAUUGUCGCCGAGGUAGAUCGUAAAGUGCUAUGGCGUACAAUCAAGGAUUGGGAGGAGGAUACCCUAACUCUCACCCCACUCCAACCCCAGUUGCGCACUCAACUGCCACUGGUGGAGCUGGGUACGUGCAGACCCCACAGAACAUUCAACAAAGCACGGGGUUGACACCAGGAGUCACACCCGGGGUAGCAGCGUUGGGGACACAGCACGUUCCAAUUGUGGGGCAGCAGUACGUUUCCAACACCGUGCAGAGCUACGCCGUCGCGAAGAAAAAGCUUUCUGUGAGCAAGGGCGACUGGAAUAUCACGGACCAGGCGGGACAUAGCGCAUUCAAAGUGGAUGGCCGCAUCGCUAGUAUGCGUGACAAGCGCUUUCUGCGCGAUGCAGCAGGGAACGUAAUCCUGAGCAUGAAGAAGAAGUUGAUCACCAUGCACGACACAUGGGAGAUCCUGACGGGCAAUGGCGAUCAAGUCAUCGCCACUUGUAAGAAAUCCUCGGUGGUGCAAUUCAAGACAUCCAUGGACGUGAUGCUGGCGUCGAGCACCACGGGAAAGCACACGCCUGACUAUCAGGUGAAGGGCGAUUUCUUCGAUCGCAAUCUGACUGUCUUCCGCGGAGCCGAGCAAGCAGCGCUGGUGACUCGGCAGAUCACAUUCACGACGGUCAUCUUGGACAAGGACACGUUCGGUGUGACCAUCUUCCCGGGCGUGGAUCAGGCGCUGGUCCUGGCUCUCAUUGUCAUCAUGGACGAAGUGUUCCACCACGGCAAUGGCUCUGACUCCGAUUGAGUGUGCGAUGGAUGGCUAUCUCUCCAUAACCCCAUGUCUGAUUGCGUGUGCCUCGAUCUGUUCUUGCAUCGCCCUCGCCUGGUUCCAAUUGCCCGACUUGCCCUUGCAGUCGACGUAGCUGUAGAUGUAGAUGUAGAUGGUGCCACGUCUUCGUGUGCAUGCGAUCGGUGUCUUUCUUUCUAUCUGUACAGAUGCUCAGAGUGGAGGUGCCAACACACUUUCCACACCCCCCCCCCCCCCCCACGAUUUGGUUGUCUUGCUUUCUGUCAGUCUGAAACCAGAUUUUUAUGGAUUGAGUUGCCCUUACAGUCCGCUGUUACUCUUUCAGAAAAAAGUAUCAAUUGACACAUGUUCAUUCUCAGUAAUAACAAAAGGUCAACAAGUCAAUUGAAUAGUACUUCAAAACAAUUGUAUUGAAUAUUUUUGAAUGAAACAAACGCUUUUUGUGUUGACAGAAAUUCUUCAUU